AUGUCGUCGGAUCAAGAGUCCUCCGAACAGCAACAGUCUCAGCAGCAGCAGCAAGACGAGCAGCAGCCAAACCUGUCUCGAGGAAAUGGUCCAUCAGAAGCUGAAAUCAGACAAGAGUCCUCCCGAGCUGCCGAAAAGGCGCUCGCAGCACAGAAUAAAGCCAACGAGCUGAAAGAAGCUGCCAAAGGAGCAGGCGAUGCGGACGAGCGCCAAAAACUCAUGGAGCAGGCCAUCGAUAAGCAGAUUGAGGCAGAGUCGCUCGGCAAGACUGCAAAGUAUAUGCGAGGAGGUGCUUUCCAAGGCAUGUGUGUCGGUGCAGGUCUGGGAACAGCACCAGGACUCACGCUGGGAACAUUAACGGGCACGAUCGUUGGGGGUCUCACAUCUGCACUAUUGGGAGGUCUGGGAGCCGGGGUGGGAGGACUCGUCGGAUGGGCUCAUGGGCCGUUUUGGAAUGUGGGUGAAGUGCUUGGGAAAGGCAUUCGAAAGGUUACGGGUGAUUUGCCGAGCUGGAAGGCUACGGAGGACCAGAAGAAAAAGUUGGAAGAGAUGAUUGCACAGGCGAAUAAAGAGGAGAUGCCAGGUACGAAAGAACUUAAAAGUAUGGCAAAGGAUGGUUGGGACGGUGCCAAGCACCAGGGGAAUUCGUGGUAUCAGACUGGAGCGUCGUAUAUGCCUGGAAGUCGACCUGAUGCUACUGGCAAGGCGCACGAUGGAGCCGGGCAGUCGAAUGGAUCCGCCAAGCAGGAUGAUGAGCCAGUGCGUGCGAGUCCGGAUACUGUUGAAGCUGUGAGGCAGGCUAGUACGUAUUCUCAUAAUACUGGAAAUCCUCGGCCAGAUACAGCCCCUAAACCUGGAGUGACAAAGACAAACACUUCUUCGAAGCCGUCGCAAGCGGACCCGGCGCAUGCACGAAAGCAACCUCGAAAACUGGAGAGACGGUCAAAUGGAUCCAGUCUACAACCAGAGCAACGCAAACCCCGCAAGCUCGAGGUUCGUUCGCAUUAGAAGGCACUCUUUGGGUCUCGUUCAUAUAUCAUCAUCAAUGCCGAACAGACGAUGCACAUCUUCAACGACAUCCAUCGGACCGUCCAUCUCGGCGACAGGAUCGGCAUCGCAGGUCUGGAAAAUCCAGCCUUGUGUCGCCGGCAAUGUGACAUGUCGCCGCGGGCUCCACAAAGCUCAUAGUUACACACUUUCGGCGCUGUGACUUGACAUCCUCGUGCCACGAUGUGACUGUACUCGCAACAGGCAACCGAAGAAUUCGAAUCUCUUAUCAUCGCGAUACAAGUUCUAAUCACCGCGUUGAAGAGUUAUGAAGGUGCGUGCCAUUAUGGUGGUGACGCACGAUUCGCUUCUUCAUGAAGUUGCGUUUUUGAGGGGACUUGCAUGGAGAAGGGGGAAUUGGCUGUGAGUAGCAGACCUGAUGAUGAAGAGAAGAGUAGUGAGGAUGACGAGGCGGAGGGGCAGAAGAGGAGGAGAAGAGGAGGAGGAGGAGGAGGAGGAGGAGGAGGAGGAGGAGGAGGAGGAGGAGAACAAGAGUCCUGUAUCGUCUUCCAAAAGGAAAACCUGUCAGAGACAUUCAGACUCGAAGGAGAUGUGGAACAGUAUGAGGAGAUUACUGCGCAGAGCGCCACGAAGGUAGGAAAGAGGUGAUGACUUUCCCGCCAUUUCUCUCUUCCCCUUCCAGCUGCGUAGAAGUACAAUAUCUAUAUCAGCAGGUAUCUCCUGUUUCCACCAUUUCCGUCAGCUUGUCAGAUGCAAGAAUAGGAACUACCUAGGUACUGUAAUUGUCAACUCACGAGGUGGCUGUUC